UUCCCUUGCACUUCAGCUGCUGGAGAACAAGCAUUUCCACGGCAUCCGACGGUCGCAGCAAGGAAGCUGUUUGCUCCGUAGGUUGUUUGGCUCCCGUUAUCCACCGACUGUGUUAGCCACUCUGCGCGGGACCAGGUCGGUAUGUGUCAGUGUAGCUUGCUGUGUUUGCUCGCGGUAUUCGUGUGCGCCGCCCGGGCACUGUAUGCUCCGGAUGAAGUCGGUGAGCUCCCCGGCAUGAAGUUCAAGCCUAACUACCGACAGUGGUCCGGUUACCUGAAGGCCAGUCCGGGGAAGUUCCUUCACUACUGGUUUGUAACUUCUCAGGGAAACCCUCUGAAAGACCCAGUCGUCCUCUGGCUCAAUGGCGGACCUGGUUGCAGCUCAUUGGAUGGAUUUCUGUCUGAGAACGGUCCUUUCCAUGUGAAUGACGAUGGGGCCACGCUGUAUGAGAACCCCUACAGCUGGAAUCUGGUGGCCAACAUGCUGUACCUGGAGUCACCAGCAGGGGUGGGCUUCUCGUACUCCGAUGACCAGAAGUACGAGACCAACGAUGACCAGGUUGCGGAUGAUAACUAUUUGGCGCUGCAGAGUUUCUUCACCAAGUUCCCCAACUUCACUCAGAAUGACUUGUUCAUAUUUGGAGAGAGUUAUGGAGGAAUCUACGCUCCCACCCUGAGUCUGCGAGUCGCAGCAGGGGCCACCAACAAGCUCAACUUGAGGGGCUUUGCUGUGGGGAACGGCAUCAGUAGUUUUGCCCUGAAUGACCAGUCGCUCAUCUACUUUGGCUACUACCACGGCCUGUUCGGAGAGGAUCUCUGGCGUGACCUGAAUGACAAUUGCUGUAAAGAUGGUGUCUGCAACUUCUACAACACCACAAAAGAAGCUUGCUCCAUCUCGGUUAGCCAGGCAUUCGGGAUCGUGUACGAGUCGGGUCUGAAUGAGUAUGCGCUCUACCUGGACUGUGCCGGCGGCGCCAGAUCCCAAACAGCCUAUGGGAGGACCAUGUCCCACCUCUUCAAGACCUACAGGAAGCACUGGCAGGCCAAUAACUUGCUGAGCAGCCCCCCCACCCUGGGCGAGGUCCCUCCCUGCAUUAACAGCACGGCUCAGAUGAACUGGCUCAACAGAGCAGACGUCAGGAAGGCACUCCACAUCCCAGACACACUGCCAGCGUGGGACAUCUGCAGCAACCUGGUGGGGGAGCAGUACCAGACGCUGUACAGCACGGUGAAGGAUGUGUACGAGAAGCUGCUGUCUCUUGGUCUCAGAGCCCUGGUCUACAACGGCGACACAGACAUGGCCUGCAACUUCCUGGGAGACCAGUGGUUUGUGGAACAGCUUGGAUACAAGUCCACUGUUCCCUACCAGCAUUGGGUCUGUGAUGACCAGAUUGCAGGGUUCUUCCAGAAGUUUGGGAACAUCACUUUCCUCACAAUCAAAGGUGCUGGUCACAUGGUUCCUCAGUGGGCCCCAAGCCCCGCCCUCUCCAUGCUGAAGAACUUCCUUCAAGACGGCCCUUACUGAUCUCCCAGCAAGCACUUCCUGUUCAUGCCCCUCAUCCGCACUGAUUGGUCCUCUUCCUCAGGAAGAGGAGGGGCUUGGACCAUUGUGAAUGUGAGAUGAUUUGUGUGUAGUCACUGGAUGCUGUAAAGGGAAUGUUUUGAAUAUGACUAAUGUGCCCAGCUUUUGAUAAAUAAAUUCAUUUAAAAGA